AUGAGCCGUCGGCGCCCCGGGGAAGAUGUGGAGGCCCUGGAAGAAGAUGAGGAUGAAGCCUCUUUAGUCGUCGAAGAAAACCGCAACAGCAAGCAAGAAUUGAUAGCCAAAGUUUUAUCCCGAUGGUGGUAUGUACUUGAUGAUUGGCCUCCUAAAGACUUCGACUAUGAGAAAGAGUUGGCUGAACGUAAAUUGAAACGUGUUGGAUUCGAACAGUGGGAAGCAGAGGAUGAUGUUGACGAACAAGGCCGGACCAAGGUAUACGAGAUCACCCACUAUCCUGGCAUGUUCCGUGACGCUAAGGGCAAUGCAAUCGACCUCCGACCUAUGGAAGGCCGUCCAUGUUACGCAAACCUGGCCAAACGGUCUGAAGCUGAGCUCAGACAGAUGCUUAAAACGGCUUUAGCCAAACAAAUAGAUGAACUUGAAAACGGCCACUCACCAUACAAUGAUACCGACCACAAGUACAUUCAGCGGCUUAUCAAGGAAUUGAAAAAGCUAACCAAUUAA